GAAGAAUCGGCAAAUCACUGCACUAUUUACAGUCACAUGAUAGAAAAGAUGGCGACGUCAACUUAUCGUCUGUGUUUCUGCUGUGGAGCAGCGAAAAGUAUAGUUUUACAAGCAAAAAAUGCGCUUUAUUUCAAACAGUCAAUCAUCAGAUCUUUACUAAAUCCUGAUGUAGAUUUAACUCCUGAUAAAAGUCAGCAUAUAUGCGAUAAUUGUAUCAAAACUCUCUCUCAAAUACAAACGAUUCGAGAAAAUGUAACGAAGGCUUGUAAUACAUGUAAUGUGACCGGAACCUUUACAACAUCAACAACCCCUGUAGACUGUGGUAAACGAUCUGCAAAAACGACACCAUCGAAGUUAAGGCCGUAAGGUCGGGUCAGAACAAGAAGAAGAAUCUCAUUGUUGAUCAGCUGGUGAAGUCUGUGGAGAAGCUGAAGCUUUCGUCAAAAGAUGCAGAAGAGUCCAAUUCUAGUUCCAACAAGGACUCGGAUUGGUCGGAAAGAAAAAUGUUGAUCGGACAAUUACGGUCGCCAAGUGGGCGACGAGAACAAAAAUUUUAGGUGCCCACAAGCAAAGUUUAAUCGCCAAUGCGAGUGGGCGAGUAGUAAUUUGGAACCCUGCACAACAUUGUUCUGUAUAACAAAUGAAUUGACAGAAAAAUUAUGCUUGCCUAACAUUUACACUUUGAAUGGCAAAAAUAAGAUUUCAUAUGGUGAAAUGUAUACAUGGGCAUGUAUAUGUUCAGUGUCCAUUUUCAUUUAUUUUCAAAAAAAGUUUGUGUUAUUCAAGUGCAUCAAUAUUAAUAAAUCAAAUUCAAUAAAGUAUAUGUACCUUUUGAGGCUGUUACCAUGUAAGGUAUCUAUUUGUUUCUUUCUUUUUAUCUUAUUGUACAUUGUUGUGGAUGUUACAUGUACCAUCAAUGAAAUUGUCAACUAUGUCACAUAUUGUAAUGUGUGCUUGAGUAUGCCUUGUCAUCUAUUGUUAUUAAAAUACUCUUGUCUUCAUUUUAGUUUUUUUCCCUUUUAGACUCUGAAAAAAAGUAUUCUACAUAGUUGAAGCAAUUGGUCCACCAUGACCAGAAUUUAAAUGCAAUCUCAUUAUAUAUAAAAGAUUGCAAAUAAAUGAUCCUGGUGAUGUUUGUAUUAUGUGGCAUUGUGUACUAUUACCUGAUAAUUCAGAUAAUACCCGGCAAACUGCAGCUCUCCAAAAGUAUUUUCUGGUUAUUAGAUAGAAGGGGAAAAUCUCUCUAUAAAACAUGUAGAAAGAGGAUAAUCUAUAUAUAGAGUGCAUUAGAAAGAUAUUAGGAACUUUGAAAUCAAUUGUAGGAUAUAGUGGCCCGUUCUAACUCCUCCCAUACACAGAUGCAGUCAGAAAAUUUCAAUGGAAAAAAAUAUAUAUGAAUUUUAGCAUUUUCUCUACCUUCGAAACAGAUUAGUCGUCAUCCGCAAAACGACAUCAGGGUUUUACCCAGCAUUUAGAUGUUACCACACAUUUUAAAUUUAAGGGGAAUUUUUAAGAAUGCAGUCAUUGAGCUUCCAGGGGAUGGUGGUGGGGGACAUCCAUGGAAUAUAAUAUCCACAGAUCAUUACAGCCAUAUAAAUUGAUUGAUUACUCAUUUUAUCUGUAUUGUAAGUCUGACAAUUAUAGAAAAUGACUUGGAAUAUAUACAAAAUGAUUUCUGUUGAAAAUUCUCAUACAAUUUUGUCAAGUUUCUACAAAUGAAGUGGAAAUAUCCACUUGUUGCCAAAGGGGAAAGGUACCUUAUACUGUAGUAAAAAACAACCUAGAUAAAUCCCUUGACAACCAGUGCCUUCAAAGUUAAGGCAUAAAGCCUUCAACCCCUUAGAAGUGAGAAAAGCCACCUGAUCCACAAUAAUUGACUUCACGGGUGCAAUAUGACGAGUACAAUUCCUGCCCUUUCCCUUUCUCCUUGUAAAAGCCAUGGAAGAAGUUGAUAAAUUGCACUUUUCCCAUACCCGGUUGGCAAUAAACUAAUGCAGUCUCGCUUCUCCCACAAAUAUCUAAGUGUUUCCAAUUGUUUAUCUUUCAAAGAAAUUGCUGCGAGCAAAUUCGAGUCUCUCCUCCAUUAUGAAAGAACUAUUUGCGGAAUAACUUCCGGCAAACAAUGUAAGAAGAAUUUCUUCUGUUUGCUUACGAGGUUAUUUGUCGGUUACGGAAAUGGCCGAGUUGUUAAGAUUGGCAUUCGGUUUGUUUUUAAUAUACGUGUAGAUAUUAUUCACUGGAUUACUAUACAAUGGGAGGCAUGUGGUCUGCUGUGUUUGUGGUUUUAGUGGGGUUUGUGUGCUAUCUAUUAUUAGACCACACCAAUCAGCUUAAACAGAUGACUGAAGAAAUAACACGACUUCGGCAAGAAAAUCACAAUCUUAAAAUACAUGAAUACAUUCUGAAUGAUCUCAAGAGUCAGGUGCACAGUCAGAAAGAAGACAAUGGACAGUUACGGAAAGACAUAGACCGUUUAUAUCAGCAACGAGAUGUCAUGAAAGAUACGAUGGGAUCCUUAAAAGAAGAUGUACGGAGAAGGGAUGAAGCUUUAAAAGAAUUCGACACGGGAGUAAAACUCAUGCAUGAAGAAUUCAAGGAAAUGGUAAAAGAGAUAGAAAAAUUAGUAGGUCGAGUGGCAAUCAUGGAUGAACAGAUGGAAAAAAUGAACAGAGAAUACGGCACUAUUGUCUCCGAUCUCAACGAUUUGAGGAGCGAAUUGAACCGUGACAGGAACCAUUAUCACAAACAUGACCACAAUUAUUCCGGCGGUGGGAUGAUUCUCAAUAGUAUCCGCUACGCCAUCAGCGUCAUCUCCAACAAACUACUGGGUUUUGCGUUUGGGGGAAUCUCCUCUAUCUUCUUACUUAACUGAAUCUCAAAGAAAUCCCGUCUCCUUUCUUACUUCAUAUCAAUCUUAAGUUUUUUUAAAAUAUUCUUUUGUUGUUGUUGUUGUUUUUUUUAUGUUGGGGGGGGGGGGUUCCAUUAGAUUUGUAAAUAUCUGUUUUCCAGUUGUAUUUUGAACAUUACCUGUUAGCGAAUAAUGAUGUUCAAAUGACACAUGUGAAUAAAAGAUCAUAUUAUC